GCCUCGUUCAGAAUAGGAACGGUGCUGGAGUAGCCUACAGUCGUCGUCUGAUAGCUCCAGCCAAAACGGGACAUCGAACCUUUUUUAUUUUAUUUAUUUGGUUCGAUUUAAAUCCUCUUCUCAAAGAAGAUGUGACUCUUUUAAAAGAACAGACUAAUACUUUUAGAAUAUUCAUGUCGGGAGAGAACGCCGAGGGGUUUUCUGCGAAUGGAAGUUAUUUGUUGUGAAUUGUUUUGAAUAUGUUAUGGCGAAGUGAGUUUGUUUUUGGUUUGUCUCGGUUCGUCGUGGAACUUUAAUUUGGAAUCUAUCGAGGAAAACCACAUCGUCGAGGUAAACCCAGAGAUAGGAUUCUACAAAGCCAGAGAGCUCCCAACAGACCGGGGAUUUAAAUUGUGUUUGGUGUGCUCCGGUAGAAGCGAGAGUCAAAGAAAGAAAUUCAUGUGGCCAUUCUCUCUUUAACAAAAUAUUUUGGAUUGCAGAAUGAGCAAGGAAAGACCUAAGAGGAAUAUCAUCCAAAAGAAAUACGAUGACAUAGAUGGGAUCCCCUGGUCAGAGGAGAGGGAUGUGAGGAAGGUGCUCUAUCUCUCCCUGAAAGAGUUCAAGACUGCUCAGAAAAGGCAGGUCGGAGACUGCAUCGGAGAUGGAACCAAAUACACUAAUGGUUCCCAUGCCCGCGGCCAGCUUAACGGCUCAGGGCAGAAGGGCCACAAGGCUGACGGGUCGCGGUUCCAGAGCACCGAUGGUAGCAGCGAGUACUCUGAGGAUGGCCCUGCCAAGAAGAGGCCCAGACUGCAAGCACAGAGGAAGUUUGCCCAGUCUCAGCCCAACUCUCCCAGCACCACCCCGGUCAAGGUGUCUGAUACCGCCCUGCCCGCCCCCUCCGCUCACAUCAGAGACAUCUCCAGACGGAAACCCAAGACUGAAGACUUCCUCACCUUCCUCUGCCUGAGAGGUUACUCCUCGUGGCCAAAUGAAGGUUCGUCAGCGUUGCCCAUUAACAUGGCGUACUUUGGGAGCUCUCAGGAUGAAGAUGAGCUGGAUGAUGAUGAAGAGGAGUACGAGGACGUGAAGCCAGACGCCAGCGUGGCGUCUACUUCCAGUCAGUCCACGCCCAGGAAGGGCAAACCCCCAGGGAAACACGCCGUCAACGGCCACGUGUUGAACGGUCACAGCAAGGCACCCCGAGACAGCCCCAAGCCCAGAGGGAAGGAGUGGGUGCAGGUGAGGGAGCGCAGUGAGAGGGCCGAGGCACGGAGGGAGCAGGCCCUUAGCCAGCUAGAUGCUACAGCCAGGGGCCACACCUUACCCAGGAGCCACACUACCAACGGACUGCCCCACAGGAGGGCCGCAGAGGAGCUCUGCAAGCAGGUCUCUAAAGUGAACGGAGCCACACGGGCGUCCCAGGCAGGCGUGCACACGGCCGGUGCCAAAAAAACUAAAGACUUCAGACUGCCGUCUAAAACUGUGAAUGGCCAUGUCACAUACACCAAAGGAAAACGAGAACUGGUCAAGAAAACCAAACUGAACCAGCGCAAACACAGCACUGCUGCUGCCCAUAGAGCCCAUAGCAACAAUCACCACCACAACCACCUCCAGCGCCACCAGCAACUCCCCCUCUCCAACUCAGGAAAAGCCCAGAAUAGCAAAGCAAAAACAAGCAAACAGGUGCUAUUAUCCAAUGUGGUGCACAAGGUGGCCAAAGGCGGCGGAGUGCGCCUCAACGGCCGGCUCAACGGGCGCCUCUGUGCCAAGCAGGAGGUGGGCAGGCAGGGGCGUGAGGGGCUGAGGAACUCCAAGCGGAGGCUGGAGGUGGCGGUGGCGGCCAUCGGGGCGGUGGCUGACUCCCAGGGUAAGCUGGUCAUCCUGGAGAUUAACCCCAACCCUAAGAAGACCAAACAAAACCAGAGCAGCCCUCUGGAGACACGCAGUAAGAAAGCCUGUCAGGACAACGCCUCGGUCCCUAACGGACACAUCAUCAUGGAAACCACCCCUCCCCCCUCCCUGCUAGCCCCACCCCCUCCCUCCACACCACUAGCCAAUCCAGAGCCAGGGCGCCAGCGGCCCAAGCGGGCGUCAGCCGGCAAGCUGAUGUUCAUCAGACAAGCACAACAGCGGGCACAGACUGCCUCUAACCCUAACCACACCCACACCCUUAACCGCUCAACUACCUCAGAGUCCCCUGGCCACACCCCCGGGCAUACCCCUCACAAACCAGCAGAGCCCCGGCCUGAGAGGGAGAGGGAGAAAGAUAAAGAGAGGGCGGAGAGGAGCAGGGCGAGCUGGGCAGCGUUGGGUGAGGCGCCAGUGUUCUGUCCCACCCAGCGGGAGUUCCAGGACCCCCUGGUGUACCUGGACUCUGUGCGGGAGGGGGCGGAGCCCUGUGGACUGUGUCGGGUGGUUCCCCCGGCUGACUGGCGCCCAGAGUGCAAACUGAACGAUGAGAUGCGCUUUGUGACCCAGGUGCAGCGCAUCCACAAGCUGGGUCGUCGCUGGGGCCCCAACGUACAGAGGCUAGCCUGCAUCAAGAAGCACCUCAAAUCUCAGGGCAUCACCAUGGAAGAUCCCCCGCUCAUCGGUGGCUGCGAGGUGGACCUGGCUCGGUUCUUCCAGCUGAUUAAUGACAUGGGCGGCAUGCAGCAGGUUAUGGACCUGAAGAAGUGGAGUAAACUGGCUGAUCUGCUGCGGAUCCCGAAGUCAGCCCAGGACCGACUGGCCAAGCUGCAGGAGUCCUACCUCCAGUACCUGCUGUCUUAUGACUCUCUGACCCCCGAGGAGCACCGCCGCCUGGAGAGGGAGGUGCUGCAGGAGAAGGAGGGCCUGGAGCGCCGCAGGGGGCCCCUGGAGGGCCACACAGAGAGGAGCCUGGGCCUGCCACGCUACGAGCCCAAGAACGGGCUGGCAGGCAGUCUGGUGCAGCACAGCAACGGUCAGCUGUGCAGCCGGCUGAAGGAGCUGGACAGUCAGCAGCUCAAGGUGGGACGCCGGAGGCUGUUUGCUCAGGAAAAGAAGAAUGGGGAAAUUGCACAGCAGGAGGAAGAGGAGGAGGAGAAGGGGGUUCUCAGUGACCAGCACAAGUGUAUUUACAAGGGGAAAUCUGUAUCUCUCACCAACUUCUUUAGGAUAGCCAGGAACACCAUGACCAUGUGCUUUAACAAAGAGCCCGGGGCUGCUGAGGUCGAGCAAGAAUACUGGAGGAUAGUGGAGCAGAGGCACUGCCAUGUGGCAGUGCAUUAUGGGAAAGUGGACACCAACACACACGGAAGUGGCUUCCCCGUGGGAAAGUCAGAGCCAUUUUCUAAACAUGGAUGGAACCUCACUGUCCUCCCCAAUAAUUCUGGAUCCAUUCUGCGGCAUCUUGGAGCUGUGCCCGGGGUGACCAUUCCCUGGCUGAACAUUGGCAUGGUCUUUUCUACCUCAUGCUGGUCUCGAGACCAAAACCGCCUUCCAUACAUUGAUUACUUACACACUGGUGCUGACUGCAUUUGGUAUUCUGUUCCUGCUGAGGAGAAGGUGAAGCUUGACAAGGUGGUUCACACACUGCUGCAGGCCAACGGGACUCCUGGGCUGGAGAUGCUGGAGAAGAACAUCAUGAUCUCUCCAGAGGUGCUUUGUCGGGAGGGUAUUAAGGUCCACCGCACCGUCCAGCAGAGCGGUCAGUUCGUGGUCUGCUUCCCUGGGACCUUUGUGUCCAAGGUCUGCUGUGGCUACAGUGUGUCGGAAACCGUGCACUUUGCCACCCCCCAGUGGAUGAACCUGGGAUACGAGGCUGCUAAGGACCUGAAAUGCCGGCACAUAGCCAAACCCUUCUCCAUGGAGAAGUUACUCUACCAGAUCGCAACGGCCGAAUCCAAACGCGAGAACGGACACCUUCUGACUACAAUCUCCGCUCUUCUCAAAGACCUCAGGAACAUAGAGAUGAGACAACGGCAGGAACUGUACGAGGCGGGGCUUCUGUCCUCUGCCCGCUACGGAACACAUGACAACAACCUGGUGCCCGGCGACGGACGCAAGAAACCCAGGAAAUGGCUGGCGCUGGAGUCGUCAGAGAGACGCUGUCAGACCUGCCAACACCUCUGCUACCUGUCCAUGGUGGUCCAGGAGAAUGAGAAUGUGGUCUUCUGUCUGGAGUGUGCUUUGAGAUACGUGGAGAAUCACAAGUCCUGCAGAGGCCUGAAGAUGAUGUAUCGUUACGAUGAGGAGCAGAUCAACAGCUUGGUGAAGCAGGUUUGUGGCAAGGCCCUGGGGAAGACAACUGAGAAAUGUAACGGUGCAAGCCCCUUCAAACCACCACCCAAACGCGGACCCCGGAAGAGAGACACCGUGGAGGUGUCCCUGUCCCGCCUCUCCUCCUCCCACCUGUCUCCCGCAGCCGUCACAUGAGGACGUUAACACCCCCCACUGCCCCUCCAUCUUAGUUUGGAGAAUCACUGUUGUCCUUUUUAAAGAAAGAACAAAUAUUUCCAGCAUUUAAUGCCCCAAAUCUCCCCCACCCACACCCCUUACUAUGACAAACUACCCCACCCACCCCCUUAGUAUGGCAAACUUGUGAAAGCAAGCCGUCUUUUUUGCACUAGCACGGAAAACACGUUUUUCAGUUUCUUUAUUUUGGGUGGGGGGGUUAGUUGAUGUCGUCCUUAGCAUUAAUUGAAAAGUUCACAGGUAAAUGUUGUGCCCCUUGCACUGCCCCCCCUCUACACUGUUUGAGGAGAGGGUCAGAUUGGUCUCCCCCCCCCAGAUGGGUGCAGUCACACCCAUCGCCAUCUGUCACUCAACUGUGAACAAAGGGACGAACGGAGAAGGUGCUCCUUUUUUCAUUUUAUUGAAAUGACACAAGUAGAACCCAAAGUUUUCUCUCAUCUUUAGUUUUUGAAGAUGAGUUGUUUUUAUUCUCCUCCUCUGUCUGCAGCAGCUCCUGUUGUUCAGGGCCUGUUGCUCCCUAACCCACGCCAGGUAAAACUUGAAAGGAAGAUGUGUUUUGGCUGGCUUGUUUUAUUUUGGAUUUUAGCUUUGAUUUUAGAUUUUGAGAACGUCUUGUGUUUAUUUUGUCAUCGUUGUUUCCUUUUUCUUUAUUGCUUGUGAAACUAGCGGUGCCGUGGCUGUAUGUCAGAAACACAGCCUGGGUUGCCGUGGCUGUAUGUCAGAAACACAGGUUGCCGUGGCUGUAUGUCAGAAACACAGCCUGGGUUGCCGUGGCUGUAUGUCAGAAACACAGCCUGGGUUGCCGUGGCUGUAUGUCAGAAACACAGCCUGGGUUGCCGUGGCUGUAUGUCAGAAACACAGCCUGGGUUGCCGUGGCUGUAUGUCAGAAACACAGCCUGGGUUGCCGUGGCUGUAUGUCAGAAACACAGCCUGGGUUGCCGUGGCUGUAUGUCAGAAACACAGCCUGGGUUGCCGUGGCUGUAUGUCAGAACCACAGCCUGGGUUGCCGUGGCUGUAUGUCAGAAACAGACCUAGGUGCCGCUGGUCUCUGUCUCCGUAGUAGGAGGGAGGCCUCCUUCGCUAGCAAGUGAAAACUGUGCCUGAUACUCAACAAAGAGAUUGUUUUUGGUGCUGUUGGUUGUUAUUACUGUAUAACAAUACAAAAGAAAGAUGGGGUGCUGGCUAACUGCUAGACUCCUCUCCCACAGGGCGGUAGCCUCUAGGCUUUCCUCUCACACAGGGUUGGUGUUCUAGGUUCUCCUGUCCCACAGGGUUAGGUUAGGGUUCUAGGCUCUCCUCUCCCACAGGGUUAGGGUUCUAGGCUCUCCUCUUCUCGAUGUGCAAUCAUGUUAACAUUCCAUUCUUCCAGUCCUAUUGUUUCAUCUGUACCAGUAAACAUUAAUUAUUUCAUUAUUAUUUUCUAAUUUGAUUGUGUUUUGUUCUGAUGUGCGAGUAGAGCCACUAGUCAAAGGGUGUGAAAUGUGAAAUAUGGAAAUCCAAGUUCUUAUUUUCUUUAGGUUUUAUAUAUAUUUUUCCUUUUUCCCAUUUCAGAUGUAUUAUGAAUGAUUUGAGCAGAUAGUCCAACACAAAAACAUACAUUUUUGUACAUAAUCCUGUAAAUGUCUUUAAAUACUCAAGCCUUUUCUGGGGUGAAGGAAGGAAAAUGAUACCUCUAAAGGUAUUAGAGGAAGCAAGGGAGGAAGUGCUUGAUGAAGAAAAAGCCUUACGUUUUAGUUUCUUCAUCUGUGUGAGUUUGAUGCUUACAUAGUUGCUCUGGUUACGUGUAUACAUUUUAAGUGCUGCUUACAUCACUGAGACAAAGAUAUGGAGUAGCAAUGGCCCCCUAGGUUUUUAUUUUUUUUUGCUUUACUUUUUUAAAGAAAGGGAAAAUAUGUUCACAAAAAAAUGUUUUUACAUUUAUUACUGAAAAUUCAACAAUGUAGUAGCUCCUCAUGUUGCACUGAGCUUGCCAGUGGUGGCUGACAAGGUGAUCCUAUUAUCCAGUUUGUUGGUUGUUGUCCUUUACAGAAGACUAAACUGUUUUAGGAAUAUUUCAUUAAAACAAAGUUGGUCGUUUUCAACAAGAAAGUGGUUGUCAAGUUUUUAUGGCCUUACAAUGUAUUUUAUUCAGAUUUCUUUGCAAUUUUCUUUUUCUACAGUUUAAACUAUUGCUCACUGUCUGGCAAGUUAAUUUAUUAGCACUGCUUCUCCAUCUUUCCUUCCACUUGGAAAGAUUUCAUGUUGGUUAUAUUGCCAUUUUUUUACUUUUGCAGUUUGUACUAAAGGUUUAAUAAAAACGUACAGACAAUUCACUGUCUUUUCUUUUGAA